CCCAAUGAUUUUACCAAGUAUAUGCCCUUAUUCAUCAACGACUCUCUCUCUCUCUCUCGCCCCAGAGUCAGAGCUCGCAACAACUCUCAUCUCUCUCUCUCUCAUUCAACAACCUAUACAUACAACUACAAUUGUAGUUGUAUGUAUACCCUCUGACUCAGUGCCCUCUCCUCCUCUCUCAUCUCUCUCCCAAAUCUCUAGGGUUUUGCAACCAUGAGUCUCUCUGUUGCUCAAGGUUUCACCAAGUCUUUUGCCAUGACCGUGCUCUCCGAGAUCGGUGACAAGACUUUCUUCGCCGCCGCGAUAUUGGCAAUGCGCUACCCUAGGAGACUCGUCCUGUCAGGGUGUUUAACAGCUUUGAUUGUAAGUAUUUGGGACGUGCUUGAUCACUUUGCUAUGAAGAAGGCAUGUUAUAUAUUCAACUUAAAUGUGAUCUCUCGUAAAUGGACUCAUCACGUAACAACAUUGUUGUUUUUGGGGUUUGGUCUAUGGUCUUUGUGGGACGUAGUUAAAGGAGAAGGGGAGGCUGAAGAAUUGGCUGAAGUUGAAGCGAAAUUGGAUGCUGAUUGGAAAGCUAAUAAAGGAAGUACAAAACAGGGUAAAAAGGCUAACGACGAUUUAAAAAAGGAAAGGCGACAAUUUCUCACUCAGUUCUUCUCACCCAUCUUUCUAAAGGCAUUUUCCAUUACUUUCUUUGGUGAAUGGGGUGACAAAAGUCAGAUAGCUACCAUCGGCUUGGCUGCAGAUGAGAACCCACUUGGUGUUGUCCUUGGUGGAAUCUUAGGACAAGCAUUGUGCACUACUGCUGCUGUCCUGGGAGGAAAGAGCUUGGCAUCUCAGAUAUCUGAGAAAUUUGUUGCACUCUCAGGUGGGGUUCUCUUCAUAAUUUUUGGAAUCCAAUCCUUCCUUGCGACUGUCGAGUCAUGAUGUCUGUAACAUUGCUAAUGAUAACAAAGGAUAAUUGUGAAGGUUAAAGAGCAAAUACAUUUCAACAUUGUGAGGGUUCUUUUCCUUUCACCACUGCAGAGGGUCAUAUAUUUGUCAUAAAGGUGAUUCACAUAACCAGAAGAGAACUGGUUUUUAGAGCUAUGAUAUAUUAUUUUUACAAGGAUCAAAGGUCAAAGUUACUCCAUGCUGGCAUUUUGGAGUGGAUUGAUAAUUUGUUCCCUUAGCCUCAAGACUUAUCUUUUAUUUUUUUUUUUAUAGGUUAUUUGAUAUAAAUUUUGCUGGAUAUUUGACUUGACUUAGGUAUUAAUAGGGCAUCAUUCCAUGCACUAAAUUAACCAUUUUUGUUAUCUAUGUUAUUGGAUUUCACUUGGAAAAGAAAAUUUUCUAUACUGAU